UUUAAAUAAAGUUUAUUUCAAUGACAGAGCAGAAAGACAAUUUUUUAAAGAAUAUCUAUAAAUAAUUAAGGGCAUCUUAUGCAUAUCGCAAAUCAUCAAAUGUAGUGCUUUGCUGGUGUAAUUUAUAAACCUAACUCGAUAAAAAGGAACUAGGAUAAUCAGCAAAUUAUGCUGCAUUGAUUUCGCUCGAGGAACAAGAGCCAACAAACAUACAUACACCUGCCCGAGAGAGGGACAGUUGUGAUAAAACCGCGUGAGAUAAGGAGUUUUCGUGCCAAAUAUGCUGUCUUACAUCAAACGCAAGCUCUCUGAAUCGGACGGUGGCGGCGGCGGCGCCAGUUCUGGCACAACCGUGACGUCGUCGUGCGGCGGAGGCAUCAGCAGCAGCGAUGGGAGCGGGAAUACCGGCAGCACAGCGGACGAGUUAGUGCGCAAAACGAGCCAGAUGUCGAUGGACGAUGAGGCGAUUGCCGUGGGGGAGGACGCACUGCUCCACGAGCUGGGCUACAGGAAUGCCACAGACCUGCAGGAAACCAUUUAUGACUUGUUGCGCGGCAUACGGGAUCCAGAGAAGCCCUGCACCCUGGAGGAUCUUAACGUGAUAUAUGAGGAGGGGAUAUUUGUGAUGCCGCCCACACGCUCAAAUGUGUCCGUGGUGCGCAUCGAAUUCAACCCCACAGUGCCCCAUUGCUCCCUGGCCACGCUGAUAGGACUUUGCAUUCGAAUCAAAGUAGAACGGGGUCUGCCCCACAAUAUUAAGCUAGACAUCUAUAUCAAGAAAGGUGCCCAUCAAACGGAAGAAGAAAUCAACAAGCAAAUCAAUGACAAGGAGCGCAUCGCAGCGGCAAUGGAGAAUCCCAAUCUGCGGGAACUGGUCGAGAACUGCAUUAAGGAUGAGGAGUAACCGAUGGACGCUCUCGUUUUGUGUACAUAGGAGAUAUUUAAGGUCUAGGGUUAAGUCUACCAUUAAGUUACUCCAUGGACUGUGUGCAUAGCAUUAAAGCCCUUCAAAUCUGUUAA